AUGUUGGAGAGAAAAAUGAAUGUAUGUGAAUACAGACCUUAAGUUAAGAUAUGCAUAGAAAAAAACCUUUCAGUGCAAAGCAGAAGAAGAAGCAAAUACAGGAGAAACGUAAGCGGAAACAAGAUUCCGGCCCAGGCUAUCUACGGGGUGACAUAAAGGUACCAGUGUACGUUGAUGAUGAAUCAAAUGAAACUGUGGCCUCAUCAGUAUUAAAAGAUGUUCAAAAAGUUAACGAGCAGCCAAAGCGCAACUUUGAUGUUAACAGGUACCGGUUACAUUUCUUUCAAGAAGAUAAAGAAGUGGUCAAAGCCAGGAAAGAAAAGGCCUGGCAACCAUACAAAAAGUUAGCUAAGGAGGAGCUGGAAAUGGAGAUAGCUUGCGACAUUGGCACAUCCAUUGAAAUUCCAAAACGGCCACCAUGGAAAUAUGGUACCCCCAAACGACAAUUAGAGGCAAAUGAAGAAAGGUAUUUUAGGGAGUACAUAGAGAGGAUAUUUGAAGAACACAGCCAAGACAGUCUGAGUUACUUUGAGGUGAACUUGGAGACGUGGCGCCAAUUGUGGAGGGUCCUUGAAAUGUCUGAUGUUUUCCUUAUAAUCACAGAUAUAAGGCAUCCGAUGAUGCACUUUCCACCAGCCUUGUACAAACACAUCACACAUGAUCUGAACAAAUCUGCCAUAGUCGUGUUCAACAAGGUUGACUUAGCUCCACCCUCUCUUGUGGUUGCCUGGCAACACUUCUUCAAACAGAGGUUCCCAUUGGUGGAAGUUGUCUGUUUCUCAUCUUUCCCGAAGAAUAAAGAGGAUCUUCAGUCAAUGACCACGGAAAUAGGAAAAAUUGUGUUCAAGAAGAGAAGGAGGGGCACAUACCGAGCCAUGGGACCUCGGGAAUUGUAUGAAAUGUGUCAGAAUAUUGUGGAGGAUGAAGUUGAUCUGUCUAGCUGGGAAAAGAAGAUACACCUAGAUCAGACUGAAGCCUCUGGAAUUGAUGAUGAUACUGAUGAGAGCGACCAGAGUGAUGCACCAGAUGAAGUGGAGCCAGAAUUGGCUUAUCAGCCCAGAGAUAAAUACAAGGAUGGGGUGUUGACCAUCGGCUGUGUUGGUUAUCCAAAUGUUGGAAAAUCCUCAAUUAUCAAUGGACUGAUGGGCAAAAAGGUUGUAAGUGUAUCAAAGACUCCAGGCCACACAAAGCACUUCCAGACAAUAUACCUCACCAAGACUGUCCGACUGUGUGACUGUCCAGGGCUUGUGUUUCCAUCUCAUGUAGAUAAAAACCUUCAGAUUCUUGGUGGCAUAUACCCAAUAUCCCAAGUGAGUGAUCCGUUCUCAGUGGUAGGAUACGUAGCAGAGAGACUGGACUUACCUAAACUUUUACGGCUAAAACCUGUUGAUGAGGAUGCUGACCCCCUGACCCACAAGUGGUCUGCUCUGGAUAUCUGUGAAUCAUGGGCCCAGAAGCGAGGAUUUGUCACAGCAAAAGCAGCCCGUCUGGAUGCAUACAGAUCUGCCAACCACCUGCUCAGAAUAGCGCUUGAAGGGAGAAUCUGUCUGUGUUUCUAUCCAACCGGAUAUUGGAAAAACAAAGAAAAAUGGGAAACUUGUGAUGAAACAGUAGCUUUCAUAGGACUUCAAAAUUCUUACACCAAGAAGGCUAAGUCUACUAGUGACGCUGAUGAUGAAAGUGCAGAGUCAUCUUCAGAAGAGGAGGAGGAGGAGGAAAAUGAAGGGUCACAAGAAGGAAGACAAUUAAAACCAAAGUUUGAUACUGAAUCAAUUGUUUCCUCCAACCCAUUUGCUUUAUUGGUAGAUGAUUGAAACUUUGAAUAAAGCAGUGUCAACGCUUUUCAUACUUAAUGUGUAUUUGUGUUGUAAGCCUAGCAAGCUGGCCAGUUUAUUUAGAAUUUAGAUGUAUUUAAAAUAGAAACAGGGAAUCAAUUGAGUGUCCUAAAAUGCCACACCUAGUCGUAUUUUUAAGAAAAAAAUGGUGUUUUGUUUGUAUAUAAUUUGUGUGUUCUACCUAUGCUUUUAUUUAUGGCCAAAUAGUAAAACUAUAUUUUUCGAAACAUCUUGAGCAUACAAGGUAUAAGUUUUAACAUUUUUUAUCAUUCGCAAAAUUACUUGCUUGUACUUUACAUAACAAAAAGUAGAAAUAUUUAACCAAAACAAAAAUUGUGAGCUUAGCUUGAUCCUGGUGUAAGAGUUUUCGAGAAAUUAGGGCCAGGUUUUGUUUCUUGACUUUCAUCUUAAGUCAACCCAAUGUGGCAUUGACAGUACCAGGUUUUUCAUGUGCCAUUAUUGUUCUUGAUGUAUUUAUUAUUUUUAACUCGACUUUUCGAAGAAUAACGAGGCUUUACUACUCGCCUCAGCAUCGGCGUCCAGUUUUAAGGCAAGUUGGCCUUUUCACUUAUAACUCCAAUAAGCUUCAUUCAAUUGUCAUAACAGUUCACAAAGUUGUUCAGGACCAUCACACAAUGACUUUGCAUAACUCCAUAUUAUCCUAAAUGCAAAUAAUGGCCUCUGAUUGACUUCGGGGGAGCUUAGGUUAAAGUUUUAGGGCACAUUGUGUCAGGUAAAAGUUUUAGGGCAAGUUCAGAUUUUUACUGAUUACUUCUAUACCGUUCAUUCAGUUGACUUAUUUCUUCACACAGUUGAUUAGGGCUAUCACACAAUUUGGUUACGUUACUCAAUAAUAACCCUAAGUACAAAAUAUUGCUCUUGAGUGGCUAUUUUUUACUAUGUUAUUUUUAUUGCUUUUGACAGGCACAUUUUUUAUAUUUUUUAUUCACAAAGUAAAACCUGGUUAUUAUUAUGGCCUAUGCCGUUGUUAGGGUGGGCCCGCUUGAGAGCGGGGUCAAACUCACACAUAGAAUCAAUCAAUUAUAGUUCCGUUUGACAUAUGGUGAACAAAUUUGGUAUACAAGAGCUUAUGAAGACCUUUCAUGAGAUUGCUUUUGGCACCCAUUUGGUCAAGGUUAAGGUCACUGUUAGUAAACAGAGAAAAAUGAUUGGUACUUAAUAAAUUUAGUUAUGGAAAACGUAUUGCAACCAAACUUGGUAUAUAGGAAGAGUUUAUAGAGACUUUUUUUAUUGUGUUUGGGCUCCAUAAGUAAGUGUCAAUGUCACUGUUUCUAAAAAUAGAAGGUGGUUUGUACUGAAUAGCUUUAGUAAGAAUUGACAUAUUGAGACAAAAUUUGGUAUAUAGGAAGAGUUUAUGGGGAUUUGUAAUGGGAUUGCGUUUGGGGCCCUUAGGUCAAUGUCACUAUUACUGAAAAUAGUAAAACGGUUGGUACUGAAUAACUUGAGUUAGGGUUUAUAUGUUGUAACCAAAUCUGAUUAUUAGAAUGACGUUCUUCGUUCUUGGGGCGGACUGACGAAAUGGCAGCGUCAAACUCACCUAUUGUAUUGAAUACAAUUAGCUAGGUUUGACAUAUAGUAACAAAACUUGGUAUGUAGGGAAAGUUUAUGGAGGACUGUCAUGGGAUUGCAUUUGGGGUCAAUGUCAAGGUCACUGUUACAAAAGUAGAAAAAAGUUAAAACUGAAUCUCACAACGAAGGCUUAAGUUCUUCUGUCAAUCAUUGAAAACUUGCUUUCGUCGCAUUGCGGCGUUGGAGUCAAAUAGUUAAUUCAACCAGCCUAAAAAAAAUGUUUGUUGUUCCUUUUUAAUGUUGAAUCUCUCUGUUCCUGCCACUGGAAUAAACUAACGUUCUGUUAAUUAUAUUGAUUAUUUUUUAAGUCAUUUCACAGUUGUAUGAUGUUGUAGGAAGAUUGGCGUUACUGCAAACCCGGAUUAUUAACCGGUGCUGUAUGAUUGUAUCCAUGUUAUGUCUAUGAAAACCGCGAGUAGGUUUUACUGUACACUUAAAGUAUCGCGUACACAUGAAUAACCGCGUACACUUGAAAUAUCGCGCUCACUUGAUAUAUCGCGUACUUUUGAAUUACCGCGUACAUUUAAAAUAUCGUAUACACUUACUGCGUACACUUGAAUAUCCGCGAACUUAUGAAUCAUCGUCUGUACUUGAAGUACCGCGUAGGCGUGAAUUUUCGUGUUCACUUGAAGUACCGCGUAGGCGUAAAUUAUCAUGAUCACUUGAAGUACCGUGUAGGCGUGAAUUAUCGUCUACACUUGAAUUAUGGUGUACACUUGAAUUGUCGUGUAAGUGUCGUGUACACUUAAAUUAUCGUACACUUGAAUCGCUGCAUACAAUUCACUUGUAUUACCACGUACACUUGAUUUACCGCUUACACUUGAAUCAUUGUUAAGAUAACAUCAACAUAUUAUUAUAUUGAAAAAUUGUUUGACUUCGUUGUAGUCAUAUAUAAACUUACCAAUAAACCAUUUAUUUACAAAUAAAACAUAAAUUACGUAAAUUAGUUGUACAUGUAUGUUUAAUCAGUUUCACAAAAUGGAUGUUAAAUGAUAAAUAGACUUUGAAAGCUCUUUUGAAGCUUAGAAUGUUUCAUCAUGAACAAACCAACAACUCUGUGACUUUAUACUUAUAAAAUACUUACUGUAAACAAACGGGCAAGUGUACUUAGGUUACAACGUGCCGCGGCCCGGAUUUUAGUUAUGCCAUGUUAGGUAUUUAUUUCCUUCUUGUUGUUUCAUGGACAUUUGAUUAAGCGUUAUUUUUUAAUUACAUGUAAUGUUAUUGUUGAGAGAAAAAAUGGUUGUUUUCUUGUUAUCAAAGUUUUUUUAUGCAAUAAAGCAGAAUAUAUAUUCUA